AUGGCACCGGCCCAACCUGAGCUGAAGAAGUAUCUCGACAAGCGGCUCUUCGUCCAGCUUAACGGUGGUCGCAAGGUCAUCGGAGUACUCCGUGGAUACGAUGUCUUCCUAAACGUUGUCCUAGACGAGGCGGUCGAAGAGAAAGACGGUGGAGAGAAGAUCAGACUGGGCAUGGUUGUCAUUCGCGGCAACUCCGUGGUCAUGCUGGAAGCUCUGGAGCGAAUCGGCGGCGACGACAGGCAGCACCGAUAAACUUUGGACGACAACAAGAUGGGUGAAUGGAUACCUGAAAUGUACUUGUUUGGCGUUUACGGAAACGAUACGAAGAGGUGAUAAUGGGACUUGAUACGAUCAUCUAUCGCUGCUAGAUUUUUGGGUUUUUUUCCGACUUGAGAAUAAAAAAAAAAGUUGAAAUUUACCUGCACGGGACACGCACCCCAUGUCUACUUGCUUUGUGAACCCCAGGCGCCCGGAU